UUUUCGUGGGUCAAAGCAUCGUGAACAGCUUCAGGCCAGACCUGCGGCUGAGGCUAAGUACCAUCAGUUUUGCAAGGUUCGACGGCAUGAAGUUGUGAACGGGAUGGCGGCGACAAUGUUGACGUGGUUUCUACUUUCAUGUCUUCUGUCCUGCGAAGCUUACUCUGUCAAGAAACCUAUCGUCCGACGAGAUGAAAGCAGCAGUGACGACACCACAUACGUCAUGGCCGUGACGUAUGAAUUGCGCAAUGACGUCGACAGACACAUACCCCCCGUGGAGCUGAAGCUCGAACUGCCGGUGGGGUCAACCAUCUAUGACGUCAUGGUCGAGGCAGCGCAGAAAGACUGGCGAUGUGGAUUUGGAGCAGUUCCUAACGCGGACUGGGGCUUUCAAAUCGACUCCGUAGGAGGAGUGGCCGGGAGUUCAGAGAAAGGCACAUUCUGGUCGGUGGAAAGGCCGGCCUAUCAUCCCAUCACGGAAGGGGUUGACAAAGUGGCGGUGACGGACGGUGAUCACGUGGUGCUGAGAUACGUCAUAGAGAAAGACAGCUGUGACCCGUGAUUGACAGGUCCAUUGGACGGGCAAAGGGACGUUUACAACGUAACAAAUAUGGCGGACGGCCACAAUGUAACAACAACGGGGGUACCAGGACUCAUAGACAGCAUGAGAAAUUUCAAAUGUAAAGUCGUCGGACAGUCAAAGGAAUACUGAACCACAACUGCGUGGCUUUGUUGGUGGAAAAAUCGGAAUGGUCAACGGGGUUGGCGACUCAAUAAAGUUAUUUGGAUGAAGUGAAUAAAUUUCAUAUGUGAUUUUAAAAGUAUCAAAUCUACAAGUAUCGCUAGGACCACAUUUGUUUUGUCUAGCAAGAUGAAUAGUAAUUGUCGGUGGAUAUGAUACCAACCGUAGUACAAUUGUGGAGGGUAAGCUUUUCCGAAAUUUGAGUCCAUUAAGGCUAGGCAAUCAUGAUCAAUUAUCAUUAAUUCACAAUAGAAACGCUGUAGACACUAGCAUAUUUUGUACUGAAAACAGCUUUACAAUCAAGGUUAUAGCGGUGAAAAGUUAAUUGGAUGAAGACAAAGUCUGCAACAGCCGACUUGCCUUACACAUGACCCCUUAAAAACGUAUCUCUAGAUAUACUUCUGAUUCUCAAAUCAACGUCUUUAUAAAAAGGCUUCAGGUACACAUCUGCGCAAUUGAUAUCGUUCUGCUCUUAUCAGGUAGAACAUCACAUGAUACAAACUGAAUCUAGCAUCUGGAUUAUGUAUAGUUUUCGUUCUCCCAGUUCAUUAUA